UUUACAUACAACGACGCCGUUGAAACAACUUAAAAGUUAAAAAUAUUCUCGUCUCCUGGGUUAAAAGUGUAGGGUUUAAGCAGCGUUUCCCUGCCGCUCUGUCGAUCGGAGAUCCUUGUCCUCUGGGCACAGAAAAUGGCCUCGUUUUGUAGAUCAGCUAUAGUGGCAGGCACAAGGUCCAUGGCGUCUCGGUCCAGAAACCUAUCCCAGAAAACCCUAAGGGCAAAAUCUAUUUCCUCUCCUUUCUCUUCGCCAUCAACACGAGUUGUCUCCAAUCCUUCAAGGGUUCUAUCGGUUUUUGGGAGUUUGGAGUCGUUUAUGCCGCUUCAUAGUGCUAUUGCCAAUGCUCGGCUCAAAUCCAGCAUUGCUGUUGAUUCCUCCUGCUGGAGCUGGCUUUCUCAAGAUUUUGCAGUUCCUCGGUGACAAAGAUUUUGAUCAUUUCAAACAAAGUUGGCUUGCUUUUGAGCAUUCUUUUUUCCGCCCUCUGUUGGUGCUUUCACCUCUCUACCAAUUCAUCUCCACCAAUGACUAUUUGCUUGGCUUAAGUCAUCACUUGGCUGGGAUCAUUUGUUAGAAUGGGUUGUAGACAUUGUAUCCUACCUUUUUCUCGAGGUGGAAAACCUUUUCUUUACAAUUUAGCAUUCUUCUACUUAUAAUCUGUUGAUGCCAGUUGUUUUGUUGGCUCAGUUUUUAUUUGCUGAAGUUAAUAGGUUUGAUUGAUUCUCAAAGAGGCCUAUAAAAGAUACUAGAAUAUGUAGGAUAUGUACAGAUUGAGACAGUAUUGGUAAAGCUGAAGCAUGCAUCAACUGUUUGCUUCCAAAUUGGUUUGAGUGA